CUUCCUCCUCAUCUAAUGAAAUGGAUAUCAACCAAAAGUCGUAAAAAGUGUUUAAAGUUGUUAUUAGAACAUAAUUUUUCUCCUAACAUAGUUUUAGAAAACAACGAAUCACCUUUGUAUAGGGCUGCAUCUCUUGGUCAUAUUGAGAUCGUUAAAGUAUUGUUAGAGUAUAAAAGUAAUCCAAAUAUAUGUAAAUUUGACGGCAAAUCACCACUGUUUAGAGCUUCAUGGGAGGGUCAUACUGGAAUUGUAAAAUUACUUCUAGAGCACAACAGUAAGCCUGAUAUAACUGAUUACAACGGCACAUCUGUUUUGCAUGUCGCUGCGUAUAAAGGUCGAAUAGAGAUUGUAAAAUUGUUGUUACAACAUGAAAUUGACAUAAAUGUAUGUAAUGUUGACCAUAAAUCACCGCUGUUCAUUGCCACAGAGUAUGGUCAAAAUGAAAUUGUAGCGUUAUUGUUAAAGCAUAACUGUAAUCCAAAUAUAUGUGAUGACAGCAAGACAUCCCCACUAAUGUUGGCAACACAGAACGGUGAUAGUGAGCUGGUUAAAUUAUUGUUAGAGCAUAAUAGUAAUCCUAACGUAUGUAAUAAAAACAAAGAAUCACCUCUGUUUGAAGCAGCACAAAGAGGACAUUUAACGAUUGUUAAUUUAUUGCUGGAAAAUAAUUGUGAUAUAAAUCUAUGUAAUAUAGACAAUGAAUUGCCUCUCCAUGUAGCUUCACGUUACGGUUUUACUGAAAUUGUUCAACUUCUUCAAAAUCAUAAGUGAACAUUUUUCAAAUGUGUAUGUUUGUUGUAGUAGGACCUUAAACUUUAACUUUAGUAUCAUAAACUUAAAGCUUGGUUGUUACUUAAAUUAUUUUAUGUUUUAAUGUUAAUGAAGGAUUAUUAAUAAAAUGUAGUACAUGCAGUA